CUAGCUUGUUAGCGGCCGUUGGAAACAAAACCGGGCUAAAGUUCUUAUGACCUAGACUUAGUUAGCAGCAACACAAACACCUCAUUUUAGGUCGGUUAGUUGACUUACUUGAAUAAGAGGUUAAUAACUGCGCACUAACGAUGGGAGUACCGAAGUUUUAUCGCUGGAUUUCGGAGCGUUACCCUUGUCUGAGUGAAGUAGUGAAGGAACACCAGAUUCCAGAGUUUGACAAUCUCUAUCUGGACAUGAAUGGUAUCAUCCAUCAGUGCUCCCACCCCAACGACGAGGAUGUCCACUUCCGCAUUUCAGAAGAAAAGAUUUUUGCUGACAUCUUCCACUACCUGGAGGUUCUCUUCAGGAUCAUCAAGCCUCGUAAAGUCUUCUUCAUGGCAGUGGAUGGUGUGGCACCGAGGGCAAAAAUGAACCAGCAGAGAGGAAGGAGAUUCAGGUCCGCCAAAGAAGCAGAAGACAAGAUUAAAAAAGCUCUGGAUAAAGGAGAGGUGCUACCCACAGAGGCUCGCUUCGACUCCAACUGUAUCACUCCAGGAACUGACUUCAUGGCGAGACUCCAGAAACAGCUUGAGUAUUUUGUCCACAACAAACUCUCUACAGACAAACUCUGGCAGAAUGUCAACGUCUACCUGUCUGGCCAUGAGACUCCAGGAGAAGGAGAACAUAAGAUCAUGGAGUUUAUCCGCUAUGAGAAUGCUAAACCAGGCCACAACCCCAACACGCGACACUGCCUGUACGGCCUGGACGCUGACCUGAUAAUGCUGGGUUUAACUAGCCAUGAACCAAACUUCUCCCUGCUCAGGGAGGAGGUCCGCUUUGGGGGAAAGAAAUCCCAAAAAAGGAUAACGGCUCCAGAGGAAACAACUUUUCAUCUGCUUCACUUGUCUCUGAUGAGGGAGUACAUCGAUUAUGAGUUCUCAGAGCUCAGGGAUCAGAUCGGCAGUGAUUAUGACUUGGAGCGAAUAAUAGAUGACUGGAUUUUAAUGGGCUUUCUGGUGGGAAAUGAUUUCAUCCCUCACCUCCCUCAUCUACACAUCAAUCAUGACGCUUUGCCUCUGCUGUACAAGACCUACAUCAGCGUUCUGCCCAGCCUGGGGGGUUAUCUGAACGAGAAUGGCCACCUUAACCUCAGAAACUUUGAGAAGUACUUGGAGAAGCUUUCAGAGUUUGACAGGGAACACUACAGUGAAAUAUCUGUGGACCUGAAGUGGUUUGAGAGUAAAGUUGGUAACAAGUAUCUGAAUGAAGCUGCCGGAUUGGCUGCAGAAGAGGAAGCUGCUAGGAAAGACUCCAACAUGAAUGAGGAUUCAGCCCUUUGUCUGGCAGCUCUGACUGCAUCCGAAAAAGGGACUGCAGCAGGAAAAGGAUCAGGAGGAGACGAUGAGGAAGAGGAGGAUGAUUUGUUUGAGACUGAGUUCAGACAGUACAAGCGCACCUACUAUAUGACCAAGAUGGGUGUGGAGUUGGUGUCUGACGACUUUCUAGCCAUGCAGGCCAAGUGCUACGUGGAAGGUAUCCAGUGGAUCCUCCACUACUAUUACCACGGGGUUCAGUCCUGGAGCUGGUACUACCCCUAUCACUACGCUCCCUUCCUGUCUGACAUCAGGAAUAUAUCAGGGUUAACACUAACCUUUGACCUGGCGAAACCAUUCAUGCCCUUCCAGCAGCUGCUGGCGGUCCUGCCUGCUGCUAGCAUGGAGCUGCUGCCUCAGGCUUACAGGCACCUGAUGACCAGUGAAAAUUCCCCCAUUAUCGAGUACUACCCUCUUAACUUCAAUACAGACCUCAAUGGCAAGCAACAGGAGUGGGAGGCUGUGGUUCUGAUUCCCUUCAUAGAUGAGCGGUGUUUACUAGCAGCCAUGGAGCCCUGUAAUCACAAACUGACCAAUGAGGAGAAGGCCAGGAACCGUCACACAGAGUGUGCAGUCUACUCACAUGAUCCAGAGAUUGACUUCCCAUACUCCUCCAACCUGCCUGAGCUGUUCCCCAACAUCGUCCACUGCCACGUCAGGAAGGCAAACAUCCCUAUGGAUGCCUGGCAUGUAUCCUUGAGCCACCGCAGCAGAACCGUAGACCGCUCUGCUCUGUACUUCUGUGGUUUCCCAACUCUGCAGCACAUCAAGCACAAGUUCUAUAAGAAAAAGAGCGGAGUGGUUGUUUUUCAGCAGAGCAGCAGAGGAGAGAACAUGAUGCUGGAGAUCCUCCACAACAAGGAUGCUGAUCUUGAUGCAGUGUGCGAUGAUGUUGCUGCCCAGGUCCUGGGGAAGCCUGUGUUUGUGAACUGGCCACAUCUAGAGGAAGCUCGCAUUGUUGCGGUGUCCGAUGGUGAUGUAAAGUUUUAUCUUGAGGAACCACCAGGUGUCCAAAAAGUAUACGACAGACCCUCAACACCGCCGCCUACCAAAGUUACCUGUCUGUCUGACAAGGAGCAGAAGGACUGGGUAAAGGACGUCCAAGGACUCACUGAACAUUUCUUGAAAAGAAAAGGCAUUGCAGUGAACGAGACAGCGGUGGUUUUGUACGGCCAGCUGCUGACGGGAAGGAAGUACGUCCCCAAAGCCAACGGGGUGGUGGAGCUGGAGAAACAGUGGGCCAAGCAGAUUCUCCCUUUUGCCCACCAGACUGUUGUUAAGGACAUCAAGGCCUUUUACUCGUCUCUGAACUGCUUUAAGAGCUUAGAUGAGCUCUUUCCUCCUGCCACCACUGUCUUUAUGGUGGGGAACCCGUACUACGGUGCCAUGGGAGAGGUUCAGGAUUCCAGCGAUGUCAUCAAAGACGGCCGGGUACGAGUUGUCUUCAGCGUCCCACAUGAACCACAGCUGGAGCCCCUUAUUCAGAACCAGCAUAAAUACUGUGUGAAGUACAGCCCUGGAUACGUUCUGGCGUCUCGCCUCGGCAUCACCAACUACCUCGUCUCCCGCUUUUCAGGAAGCAUCUACAUUGGCCGAGGCUCCAAGAAGAAUCCCUGUGGAGAGCAGAAAGCAAAUGUUGGCCUGAACCUGAAGUUCAACAAGAAGAAUGAGGAGGUUCCUGGAUACACAAAGAGAACAGAGAAGGAGUGGCUCUACUCUUCUGCCGUGGAGGAGCUGCUGGCUGAAUACCUGGACAGAUUUUCUGAGGUUUUCAACACAGUUGCCAGAAACAGCCACGAUGAUGUUUUCUAUGAAGACGACAUCUGGCCUGGACUGGAGCAGAAUGGGGCGGAGAAAGUUGCUGAAAUCACAGCAUGGUUGAAAAGUCACCCAGUGAGCUCCGUCAGCAGGGCGUCUUGUGACCUACAGGUGCUGGACACUGCCAUCGUGGAGAAGAUCGAGGAGGCAGUGGAGAAAACCAAGGUGAAGAAGAGCACCAAGAAAGUCCGAGUGACAGUCAAGCCUCACCUUCUCUUCAGGCCUUUGGAGCAGCAGCAGGGCGUGGUUCCUGACCCCGAUGCAGAGUAUCGUCUGUUUGACAGAGUCGUCAACAUCAGGGAGAGCUUCUCCGUCCCUCUGGGACUCAGAGGAACAGUCAUUGGCAUUAAAGGAGCGGAGCGUGAAGCCGAGGUUCUGUAUGAAGUGCUUUUUGAUGAAGAAUUUGCUGGCGGUCUUAACAUCAGGUGUACGACACCACGUGGUUACCGCCUCCCUCCUUGCGCUCUCAUCAACCUUUCCCAUGGAGGUCGAGUGGAUCCUACAGCCCACAAACUCACCGCCAUCGUCAAACCUCAGCCCUCUGCGGCCACAAACUUCAACUCACAACGUCAGUUGGCCGGCCUGAACCAUUCUCCUCGUUCUCCCUUCAUCCCCACACAGCAUAACAACAAACAUGGCGUGGGGAAGGCAGCUGCCCAGGGCAACAGGAACUCUCCCUCUAAAGGUCUCAUCCAGAAAAAUCAGGGAAAGAGUAAAGAGGAGUACGGUAACGUUUGGCAGUCUCUGCAGAGCUCUGGACCUCCCCAGAAACCUCCAGCUCACUGGCACAGUAAUGAAGGACAAUCCCAACACACAAAUAACCAGCAGCCAAACAAAGCUGCUCCAGCAGGUAGCAUCAGACUGCUGAAGAAAGAUGAAGAUGUCAGCUCUCUUUUCCCUUCAAAUACUCCACCCAACAAGGCCACAACAGAGUUUGAAGAUCUGAUAGCCAACCUGAAGAUCUCUGCUGGUAACCAACAGACUCCACCCCCUCCUGCUCCUCCUCAGCCACCUACCAGCCAAUCGGAUGGCCCCUUGUCCCCACAGUCCUUCGCCAUGAAAGGAACUCUGGUGCUGAAGGAGAUGCUAAAAAUUGACGGCACAGGAACAGGAAGUCCCAGUGCCCAGGAGGCAUCUAACACCUCCAUCGGACACCAGCAGAACAAGAGAAGAUCAUCAAAGAAGCUGGCAGCGAAUAUGAACAACCCAUACAGUGACGGAGCUCCUCCUGCUGCUGCUAACCUCUCCAAUGCUGUGCUAAACAGUAAGGUGUCAGAGCUGGCGUACGUCUGUGUGGGGUUAGGGAUGGCACCGCCGGACUUCAGCUUCAUACGAAACAGACAGAAUCUGGUCGUGUGUCAAGUCAAGCUGUCCAAUGGGCUGAUGGUUCACGGUCCACAGUGCCAAUCAGAAAAUGAUGCAAAGGAGAAAGCUGCCUUCUUCGCCCUCCAAAGACUGAACUCGGUAGGAUCGGGGUUCCCCCUCCCGCCUCCUUUAUUUCCAGGAGUGGGUCAGAUACGACCACCACCCUUAGGAGCCAUGCCGCCUGUCUUUAACCAACAAGGUGGUUUGCUGCUUCCUCCUCAGGGUUAUGGCCCCGCUCCUCUGUGGGGGAUGCCGCUGCCUCCUCCCCAUCACUCGAACCAACCUUUCUACGGAGCAGCAGGAACUUUCCCCGGCACCGCUCGCCAGCAAGCUGCAACCACGCUGCCCAUCGGCUCCCACAACCAGUUUAUACCUUUACAGGUGACGAAGAAACGAGUCUCGGCAAACAAAAAGAACCAGGAAACUCGAGAGUUUUACAGCGCCGCCAACACCGUGGCCAGAAACCAAUCACAGAGAGCCCAGUAUCAGCCCUCCAACCAAUCACAAGGCCAGACUGAUCCCAGCAGCAGUAAAAUAGACCAACUGCAACACAUGACCAACAGUGACCCCUCUUCGUCCAGUCCUGGUGUUGUAGACACUGUUUCCUCAAUGACGACAGCAACUCCGCACACGCCCCCUCGACAGAACCCGCCAUCAACAGGCCACACUCCAGGCUCCGCUUCCAAGAGGAAGCACAGAAAACUGGCAGUGAACUUUGAGGCGGCCAAAGUCUCUGAGUAACGAGCCGUUAUGUGUGUUUGUGUGAGAGAGAGGAGAGAGGUGUGUUUGGUGUUUAUUAGCUGCUGAAGUCUGACUAACAUCUCCGAUCAAAACCUGUAGUUUCAGUUUAGCUGAAUCGCUCUGAUAUGUGUCUAAACAUGACUCAACGGCUGAUUGUUGUCGCCCCUUCUGCCUUACUCUGGAGCUCCAGUUCUGUUAGUAUCCCCUGGUUAUCGUCGUCCAUUCUUUAGCCAACAAGUGGACAGUUUUUGAAUCUGAAUAAAUGAAAGAAGUCCCUCUGAGAAGAGCAGGGAGCGUUUUAGGAUACAUCCGUGGAUUUUUGUGUUUGGUUUUUGCUGAAAGAGGUCCAGUAGUCGGGUUGGUCUGGCUCCCUGUGAUACCUUAUUAAAGUCUUACUGAUUUGACUCUUAAUAUAGAGGUGCUACCAAGACUUAGAAGAAUUUUGGGGUUAAAUAGAGCAUUUUAUGUUGGAUCUUAGGCUUCAUAGACUUUGUACUCAAAAUUAAAAUACACAGAUCCCAUAACUGGCAAUUGCAAGAAAUUUCAAUAACACUUCAUCUUAGUGGGCCCUAAUUACUGAGUUAUUUUAUAGUAAUACAUGGUAAUUAUCUAGUAAUUUCUCAAGAAGAAGGUGGUAGAUACCUUGUAAUAAUAAUAAUUGCACCAGUAUUGCAAGGAAAUACUUGAUCAUUAAUACAUUAUUACUAGGUAAAUACUUCCUUAAUAUUACCAAGUUAUUACUCAGUAGAAUGGGUACUUAUUACUAUGUUAUUACCAUCUUAUUACUACAGAAUUGCUUUGUAAUUUCGGUCCAAAAAAAAAAAGUGCUACUGAAGCUUCAAGGGUAAUAGUUCAGCAGGUGGGCAAUGAAUUAGAGCAGUUUGCCAUUUACCGGUAAUUCAAACAAAUCUGAAAGAGAGAGCUACAGAGCCCCGCGUGGCUCAGAAUAUAAAACAUCAUUUGAAAAUCCGUCCAUGCAUAUAAUUUUCAAAUCUACACAUAAAGAUUUUCAAACGGCUUUAAUGUUUUUCCUUGCCGGUCUUUGCGGACUUGUUCGAAAUUUCUCAUUCUGACUUUUAAGAUGUGCAGACUUUCGUUUUGACCUCAAACUUGAGCUGAUUUAGUCCAGUUUUGAAUCUGAUAGCAACAUGUCUGGAUAUCUGCCUGCCUGUUUGAUUGAAUUAAGCUGAUGAUUUAUGAGAAGUGUUGUCGUUGAAGAGGCGUGACAGCGAAUGACUGCACGAAGACUGAAAAGAGGAUUAGUAGGGCCUGUGUCCACAGCCUGCACCUUGGAAUGAUGAGUUGUGUAAGCUUAGCAAAUCUUGAUAUUGUCAUGAGUAUUUAAGAAAUCAUUUCUGGCCUUUUUACAGUUUUAUGUGUCCCAAAUUUUCUUAAUUAGAGGAAAUAUCCCCAAUAAAAUAUAAAACACUGGAAAUGAAUUCUGUCCUGGCCAAAGCAGCAGCUCUAGACUAUGAAAUUUUACCUUCAAAAAUGUAAUUCAGAUCAAUUUCCAACCUUUAUUAUGUUUUUGAGAAUAUCAGAAGUCCUGCCCCUUCUUGAUUUUGGUUUAUUAGAGAGGAAGAUGGGACAUUGACAGGUCCAAAAAUUAAACUUUAUCAGCUGUGAGCACAUUGACCAAAAAAAAAAAAAAAAAAGACAGCAGUCACUGAUUUUGUUUCCAGAUACAGAGAAGUGAAAAUGCAGGAGUAUCUAGAUUUUUAUUUGACAAGUGCAAACUUGGUGGCUAUAAAUGGAUGCUGGCCUUUUGGCUUGCUUAUAGGAUUACGGAGCAGAGUUUGUUUCCGUCUGUGGAGUAGUGAAGGAGGUGGUUUUAAGUAAAAUGCUGCUUUGAAGCACAUUAUUUUAAUCAAAAACAAAGGCGUCAACAUCUAAAGAUACUCAGGGCUGAGGAAAACAAAUUAAGGAACUAUGAAUCACCUUCUGCUUAGUUUUUUAAUAUGGACUUGGUGAGUGGACCCAAGCUCAAACAGUGCGGUUAUCAUCAUCUGACUACUGAGAGCGCUUUUAUCACUGCAGGCCACAUUUGCUCGUUCAUACUCUGAUGACAGCUUUGCUCAGUAAUGUGGCUAUCACUAUUAACUUAUCCCUUCAUUUACAUUCUCACACCACUAAGGUAAAAUGGGAGCCAAUCGGGGUUAACCGUUUUGUUAAAGGACGUGACUGCAGGAGCAGGUGACCUUCAGGUUGAGAGAUGAUCAAAACUACCACCCCAGAACCUUUAGAGUUGGAGGCAGACUUUACACCAUUGGUUCCUAACCUGGGGUCCGGUCAAAGAUCUCAUGGAAGGGCGCAGCACCCUGGCUGCUCUGACGUUGAAAUUAGAUGCGAUUAUGUUUUUUAAAUCAUGAUAAGGGUUGAGUAUCGUUUGAGAUUCUUCCGAUGCCGGUGCCAAAGCGACACUUAUUCAAAAGGUGCUGGUGCCUGAGUCUAUUCUUUAAAGAAAAUUCAGCAGCUGAAUAAUAGCUGUCUUAAUAUCACACAUGAAUCAGAAAUUAGAUGCCAAUAGGACAUAAAAGUAAAGGAAACAGGUGUAACUUCUGCACACGAUGUAAUUCGUGCCUUUCCUUUGGAGUGACAGGAUCGUGUUGGGGUGGCGAGGUACUAAAAUAAAGCACAAAAGUCUGUCUUGUAAUUCGGUACAGUAGGUGUUGGAUGUGUUGGCACCGGUACUAUGUUGGUAUUCAUCCCUAAUAAUGAUAAGAAUAUAAUGUAUGACAGCGUUGUACAUUAUAAGCAUUAGGGCCGCCCUAAAAAAUGAAAAAAAAUAAUAAUAAUUUGGAAAAACUUGAAAUUUCUCAGUUAUAAAAUUAUACAUUUACAAGAAAAACUUGUAAAAGGGAUUCAUUUUGACACUACAAACUCAAUAAAAUUCAAUUUUUUAAAGUCAUUCAUUUACAACAUUGUAAAGUCAAAACUGAAAACAGUGGUUUGAUAUUCCCAGUUUGCAGAAAUGUUACUUUCAAGUUCAGAAGGUAUUAAUAAUGAUAACUCUGGGGUAAAAUCAUACUUGAGACUACAUGCUUGUAGCUCAGUCAGUCAGUCAUUGGGUCAGGCUCUCAGCUGCAGGACUUGUGCAAGAAAAAACGCUUUAUUUUUUGAUUUUCUAAAGCAAUCAAUUCAUCAAUUUUAUUCUCUCCAAAAUGUCUUCUGAGUUUUGGUUCUCGUAAAUUUAUGACUUUUAAUGUCUUUUUUUUUCUUAGAAAUUUACAAGAUUAAAACUUGAUCCUCUAUUUUCUUAUUUUUUACAGUGGCCCUAAUAUGCAGUUAUGAUAACUGAUAGUUUGUGGUUAAGAUAAGUGUAUGUAGGCCUUUUAUGUUUGGAUUUUGUCAGUGAAAACAAUCAAAAUUGAUGUUUUAUUUUUCCUCAUGGAUCCUGUGGCACUUAGAUUUUCUUAGAUAUGAGUAAGGCGGAGUUGGGAGCCACUUUCCUACACCCGUUUUUAAGUUUAGCUUUGUAGUGCAGCUGUUUUUUUUCUGCGUGUUGUCGUCUCUGCUUAAGUCGUCCCAGCAGGUUUCAUGGCAGCUCGGACACAGAACAUGCAUGUGCACACCUGCGUCUCCAUGCUCCUGGUCACAGCGCAGAUUGUUUAUGUUGUGGAAAACCUCUUCAGUUCAGUUCUCAGGAACAUGCAGACGUGUAGACGUCUCCAUACUGUAGCUUCAGAUUUGCACUACAGCGGCAGCUACUUCCUGCCCCAAUCCUUGUAGACCUAACUAUACAUGUACAAUUUGCAAAAAUGUGACUGCUUCAACACCUUGUUUGCCUUGUUUUGCUAAAUUGUGUGAUAUUUCUGUUGUAAACAUGCAUAACCUGGCUUUUUUUCUAUCAGCAUACGUUUUCUUUGUCAGGUUUUGAUCAUUGAUGUUAAUCAGGCUGAACUUGAUCUUAUGUUUUCAUGUUUUUCUGAUCUUUAUUUCCAACAUGUUGGACAGCCUUUGAUUUCUUUCAGACUUAAAACACCUCUCUGCAUUUAUUCUACUUUUUAUGGUUUCUAAAAUCACGGCCAAGGUGAAAGAUUGCAGCAGAAUGAAGACAUGAGAAAUGAACAACGAUCCCAACAGAGCUGUUAGACACCAGCAAAUCACCCAGAGUACAAAAAGUUGUACAUUUAAUUUUAUAAACUGGACCUUGUGAAGAAGUCCUUUUAAAAAAGUGUUUUUUUUAAGUGAUGUCAAACUUAACUUGAUAGUUGUAUUGGACCUACAGACACCUGAACACUGCCAGAUUCUGACUUCUUGUUAAAAUACAGCAGGAGAUUGAGGCUGAUUUUACACAAGUGCAAAACAAAGUUAUUUUUUCUAUUUUCACUCAAAUCUUUUAAAAAUUACUGAGACCAAACAUACACUGAAUACAGAUGCAAAAAGUGAGACAUUUUUAUCUUAAUACAAAGGAGAAUUUGGCCUUUUUCUGAUUCUGUGAAGGUUUAUGAUCCUAGCCGAUAUCACUGACAGUUAAGUUUUAAUUUCAGCAAAAUGCUUGUAUGUUUCUUAUCAGUUCUGUUAGUGUUUUAAAAAUCAAAACGAGUGACUGAGGCCCGUUCAGACUGCACGUGUGAGACGCACGUCUUGGCCGCAACAUGGCUUGAUUUUCCGUUUGUCUGCAUGUUAAGGAGUCUAUGUGAGUACCACGUCUCACACACCUGAUAUGUACAGCUCUUGCGGGAAAUCUAAAGAAUAGAGGGCUCGCCUAUUUUCUCCAUGGGCAGUGGGAAGAUGUGGCAAACGCACAGGACCUACACGCCUGAUAUGAAAGCAGUGACGGUGCCUGCCAGAGCGGGCACACACAGCAAAUCGCAUUGCAAGUCUGAAGGGCGCUUUCACAUUAGGGCUGGCUCUAAUCAUGGCGGGGCAGGAUACAGAACAAUUCUACCUGAUGUGAAAACACCCUAAAAGGCACUCAGCCCCUUAAGGGUAGGCAAAAAUGGAUUUUGUAUCUGUUUUAUGCAGCCAAAGAGCAUUGGACCAUUGUUAGAACUAUGUACUGCUAUGUUAUCAUUUAUGUUCCCUCUAAAUCAAGUGGAUAGACUUUUUGAGACACUCUGGAACAUUCUCCUGGUCCUGGAUUGAAUGAUCUGAAACUGUUGGGAUAUAUUUAAAAUCUUGGCUUUAUUUACUCCUUCAUACAUGCCUAACACAAACACAGAUUUAUAGCUAAAACUCUCCAUUUUAAUAAUCUUAAUUUCCCUUUUUGAUCUAUGGAUUUUACAGAAACCAUUUUUAUUGACAGCCUGCAUCUCUCCGAAGUGAUCGGACUAAUUCUCGUUACAGCGAUGUUUGUGGUGGAGCUCCAGCAGUGGAAGCAGCUGUAGUGACUUUGUCCUUAUUUUUAAGGAUGCAGGUAUAAAGUGUGUUUCUUUGUUGUGUUGUUUUAAGGCUGAUAUCCUUACAUUGACCGGGGAACUGGUGUCUGUAAGGCUCUGGUGCAAUAAAGGAGGUUUUAAAACAUUUUGGAGAUUGAAGCACAGCUCUUAUGUAUUUUUUCUUCUUUUUUUUUAAUGUAACAAAGUUGUAACUCUCCAUAUGAAGAGAUUUUGACUUGCUGUUUUGAUUCAGGCUUGUGCUGUUCAUAUCCAUUUAAUUAAAGUGAAUCUUUUGUUUAA